AUGUCUUUCAGCGUUGACCAGGGUCCUUAUGACAGGGACAACAUCAUCGCCUCGAGGAUGCCAACUGGCCUUCGGUCUCGAGACACACCAUCGCCUGGCCAUCGCACUGUCGCGCUGUCUUCACCACAUUCUGCUCCGGCCCAGUUUGCCCCAUUGAGGUUAAGACCAGCUAAUGCAAAUGCAUCGCCCGUAACCCCAAACAAUCUCCACGGUGAAGCCGGAAAGAGGUCGUGGGUUAACAGUGCCUCCAAGCAUCUGGGAUUGUCGAAACUGCGCCCCAAGGCGAGCUUUUCAAGAGAAGGCAUCAUGAACAAGAAUCCAACCGCAGCAUCGGGGACGUCCUCAGUGAAAAGACUCAAUGUACAACCUCACAAUCUGUCCGGAAGCUCUCGCUCACCUGUUCCCGCUCCCCUGAGUCACCCACGGCAUCAAAGUCCUCCCGAUAAACCACUCCCAAGUCUUCCUAUCGCAACCGUCAAGUCCAACUCUCCAGUCCGCAGAUCCCUUAUCGACUGUACCGAAAGACCUCUUCGGCGAUCUCUGACCCCUCCUGGCGGCGGAGCUGCACACCAAGAAGACUGGCCUGCAAUUGAGCCAACGAAAGCCGACACAACUCCUUCAGUUAUAAGCCAGUCUCAGGUUAAAACAAGUCUGAGCGAGAGCUUGUAUCGAGGCAUGCGAGCAUUGGAUCUGCAUGACCAUGAGGAGAAAAUUGUACAAGUAAAACACGAUGACAACUUAAACGAGAAUGUCGCCACGACUGGGGAGCCCGAACCCAAGUCAGAUGCAAGUGAUGUUCGAGAGAUCAACUCGACAGUCACGGUUGACGACUCUACCCGUCCUCUCUCAUCAAGCCAGCUACCGAGACCUCGUGAAUCUCUGCUUCAAUCACUGUCCCGUCAUGUCGACUCCCUUGUAACUCGUCAAACCAAGACCUCGGCCCUACGACUUCAUCAGGUAAAAGCACUCGGGGGAUCUAUUGGCAAGAAGGUUGAAAGUAGUGGUCAUAUCUCUUCUCAACGUGACAGUUCGGUUUCGCGUUCCAAGCAGUCUUUUCCUGGCGGUCCGGUCCGUACAAAUUCUCGUGGUCGUUAUGGUGUUACAGGGCGAGGCUCCCCAUACACCAUACCCUCCCGCUCAAAAUCUACGGGCAAGACAGUCUCAAGAGAUGAGACCAGCAUUAGUCGAGGAGUCCCUCGCAGUCCAGCCACCGAUCAGGGGUUCGAUCUUGUGCUCUAUGGAGCCACCGCUCAACAAUCUUCUUCACCGAGACUAAAGUACCGCAAGAGUUCCCUUCCUCUGCCAACUCGACUCACUCGUCAACCACAAGGCGAAACCGAUGAAGGUAGUGAACGCGACAAAUCUCCCUCCGAGCCCUUCAUGAGCCUUGUUGUGAACAAACAGCCAGUUGGGGGAGAUCUCGCAAGCCAUGCUCUUGAAAAUUUUGCCAGCAAUGGAGUCCAUGGCAGUAGCAACCCUUCUGAAACAACUACCAACGAUAAAGCCAAACUUCUGAAUGUCAAAGAGAUGCUUUCUACAACGGCUACCCGCGAUGAUGAGUCCUUCGUUGAUAGUGACGGCGAGUCUGGCGUCAGCAUUCAUGGCUACGAUGCCUUCGGAGGGUAUCGAAUUCGGCGCGUUCGCAACGGUUCUAAGAUGGGUCCGACCCUUCGCAUUACAGACUCAGCAAGCCGCGUCCUGCUGGGUAAAGGCGACAACAACCUCCUGGACAAUUCAAGUCCUAGGCUUGCCUUAAGACAUAAGGGAAGUGCUCCUGAUAUUGGCUCUCCGCGCAUUGCGAAGGACCAAGUCCGACGAUCCAGUGCCAUUUUCGGCCGUCCCAUGUCUCUAGUGAAAAAUCUCACAGAACGAUCCCUAAGCCAGCACAAAGACGCAGACCAAGAUGAGACUCGGAACCUCAUCGGUGAAGAGAGCUCUGUGGAUACCAUUGUGCGAGCUGAACUUCCUGACAAUAGUAUCGAUUCCGAAAAGGCCCGGAUGGUUGACUCAAAUACCAAUGGCAGUGCUACAGAAGCGGCCAAGAAGGGGACAUCUGUUUACCAGACAACUCCAACUUCGACUCAGAGUGACUGGCCCUGCAAGGACUUUGCGAAUUUUAGAACGCACACUGACUCUGCGGCAGCCACAACGGAGCAGAAGGUACCUACCCCUAGCAGUGCGGCCGAAGUUGUCGUCAAGAAACGGCCAACGCCUCGCUCUUUGUCCAGACCUCCUACCAUCGUUCUGCGAACUGCCCCGAGUAAAGAGACAGCCCCUUUCUUAUUCCAAGAUCUAGAGCAAGAGCAAGCCAAGCAGGAGAAACUUGUCAACGAUCUUGCAAAAGCAACAUAUGAUGCGGCGCCUACAGCUUCCGAUCCCAAAGCUACUACACCCUUUCCACCUCGCACUUCGUCGCGGAAGCCUAAACCACCUCCAAUCAUUGUUUCUCCACCUGAGCGCAAUCUUCCUUCAGUUAGCUUCCUCGCACAGCGAGCACCGAAAGCAUACGCAGUUAACCAAGACAACAUCAAGAAGCCUCGCAAUGUAAAGACCUUUUCGCAGAGCAUUUCCCCGCGGACCGACUCCGUCAAGGGGAGAAAAAUAUCACGUGUCCUGGCACAUAGUCCGUCGAGUUCUAGCAAGAAAAAGGUCAUUUCCAACAUUCGUGGCUUGUUCCAUAAGAGGUCCAUCCAGUCGAAUAAGGCACAAACGACUGUCGCUGAAAGUGGUGAUGUGACGGACGAGGUGAACUCGAACCCGAGCAAAGCAGGGAGCGGUCCUGGGUCUCUACGUCGCAAACCAGUCCCAACCUCGACGACAGGGAAGACGGAUGAUUGGAAGCUGAAUUAUGCACCUUACAUGAAUGUGAGCGCCACUGGAGAAACGGGACAAGGCAACAUCAAUCCAAACCGAAACGCCUUGAUGCCAUCUGAUCAUCCGUUCCUCAUCCAGGAAAACCAAGCGACCGAACCGCGUGAGCAACUCAGAGGCAUGGGCUCGCGAGGGCUGAGGCGGAAGAAUCCAUUCGUCAGCCCAACUACACCUUUCACCGCGCAUCUCAACACAGCAAUGUAUCCGACUUCGCCGCUCGGGACCGCUGCAGUAGCCGCCAACGCAACCGCACACAAGAUCGCCUCUCCCACCACUCACGCCCAUCCCCAAGCACAAUCCCCGACGAUUCUAUCCCAAACUACACCGCCGACACUGGCAACGACGACAAGCAUGACCCACUCUCUUCUGGACCUCGCGCGCACCUCGACCGAUCCUAUCCGCAAGGCCCACCUUAUCGAACUAUCAAAGUGUAUGGUGGAAGUCGUUGGUGCGGCCAGGGACGCGGAAAAGGCAAUGGAGAAGGCCAGGAUGGAGGCAAGUCGUGCAGAGUGCGCCUGGUUGAAGUGUUUGAAGGAGGUUGGCCAGGUAGAAGGGUUGAUGAAGGGAAUUGUUGGAACCGAAACAUAG